AUGACCAAUAACAUGCUGCCAUGCGGCCAUCUUGAGCGAAUUUGGGCGUCUGUACCUCACCUACGCAACGGAGAGAAGUACCGCAUGUUGAAACCCGGCGGCUCACAAUUUAGACUCCACAGAGACCAACUCCUGGAUUGGGAGAACUUCACCCAAGAGGUAAAGGUUCUGUCUAAUCCCUAUUGCAAGGAAGAAACUUGGAAGAGUUUCACAGCUCGAAAGUUUGGCCAGCUCUCUCGAUACAUGGAUGAUCAUCACUGCAGGUAUGGCAUCUACACGAUCUAUGAGCAUACUUGGUUCUUGAAAAGGGUCGAUGACACCCACUUUGCCGUGUCUCAGCCAAUAAGUGCCAGUUCUGUCUCAACAUCUAGUGCCCUAUCGCUCCGGGAAUGCCUACUGGCUCUUGUCAUCGCGGUCGCUGAUGAAGAAAGAAGCUACUACCCUGCCAGAUAUGGCAAACGUUUAACUACUCGAAGGCAGACCAUGAUCCGAGGAUCGAGAAGCCCACCUAAUCUGAGAGGGAGGUCCUCUUAA